AUUACAGGCUUAGAGAAACCUAGGAAAUAGAAGAAACUACAACCUAGCAAUUGACUACUGCAAGGAGAACAAGAUUAUCACUCUCUACAUGCCACCACACUUAUCACACAUCCUGCAGCCUCUUGACGUUGUCCCCUACUCGCUGUUAAAGCGCCACUACAGCGACAGGAUCUUGCUCUUGGCACACAGCUGCAUCUACUAUAUUAACAAAGAAACCUUCCUCCUAGCCUUUAAAGUAGCUUUUAAGAAGAUAUUUACACUAGAGAACAUUCACGCAGGGUUUUGAGGCGCUAGACUAGUCCUGUAUAACCCUAAGGUUGUGUUAUCAAAGCUUGAUGUACAGCUGCGCACGCUAACGCCACCUGCACCAGGCACUGUUGCCUAGGAGGCGCAAACACCACGCAACGCCCGCGAGAUAGAGGCGCAAUCCACGCUAAUUUGAAAUUGCAUACAAAACUAUUAGGGGUCUCUAGCAAGUUUAUUAGAUAAGCAGGUUAAGCAGCUAAGUAAAGGCGCUUAGUAGAUAGCUUAUAAUAUAGUGUUAGUACAGGAGGAAAUAGGCCACCUUUAAGACGCUGUUAACACGCUUACAAAGCGCAAGACCUAUAAGAGGCAGUACAUAUGCGCAGAGGAGACCCUAACAGUUAGUAAGGUAUCUAACUUAAUUACUAAAAAGGAGGGUAGUAGUUGUAAGGACAGCAAGAUGCCUAGCCAAGAUAAGGGCGCGGGGAG